UCGGCUCAGUAGCGUGAUGAUGGUGGCGUGUAAAGGACUGGAGGACCCGUGGGUCCUCCUGGUGUUGUUGGUGUUGACUGGAAGUGUAAAGGGCGAGCUUCUGACGCCGCCGUACUUCAACCUCGCGGACGGUAAGAACAUCACCGCCUCCGCCACUUGCGGGGUGGACACCGAGGGUCCGGAGCUCUACUGCAAGUUGAUAGGGGCGAAUUCCGACAACGAGAUCAACGUUAAUAAUGUUAUCCAAGGGCAGUAUUGCGAUGUUUGCGAUCCAACACAACCGGACAAAAUGCAUCCCCCAGAAUUCGCAGUGGAUGGUAUGGAAACCUGGUGGCAGAGUCCGCCAUUAUCCAGGGGGAUGAAAUACAAUGAAGUGAAUUUAACCAUAGAUCUAGGACAGGAAUUCCAUGUUGCCUACGUGUACAUAAGAAUGGCAAACUCCCCCAGACCGGGUUUGUGGGUGUUGGAAAAAUCCUCCGAUUACGGGAAGACAUACACCCCCUGGCAGUACUUCUCAGAUUCCCCAGCUGACUGUGAAACGUUCUUUGGAAGGGAGAGUCUGCAGUCAAUCACGAGAGAUGACUCUGUCAUUUGUAGCACCGAAUACUCCAAAAUUGUGCCCCUGGAAGGGGGAGAAAUUCCGAUAUCCCUGUUGAACAAGAGACCUUCGGCCAAUCACUACUUUAACUCCACCGUCCUACAAGAGUGGACCAGAGCCACCAACGUAAGACUAAGGUUCCUGAGAACUAAAAAUUUACUCGGCCACCUCAUGUCGGUGGCCCGUCAAGAUCCUACGGUCACGAGAAGGUAUUUCUACUCCAUAAAGGAUAUCAGCAUCGGGGGUCGUUGCAUGUGCAACGGACACGCUGACGCCUGCGACAUUCCCGAUCCCGUUGAUAACAGGGUUCUCUUGUGCCGCUGCAAACACAACACCUGCGGGGCGAAGUGCAACUCGUGCUGUCCCGGUUUCGAACAGAAGGCCUGGAGGCAGUCGAAGCACAACGACCCAUUUAGGUGCGAACCUUGCAACUGCUUCCAACACAGCAACGAAUGCGUUUACGACGGGGAAGUGGACCGGAAACGUUUGUCUCUCGACGUAUACGGCAAGUACGAGGGCGGGGGCGUUUGUCAGAACUGUCAGCAUAACACGGAAGGGAUCAACUGUAACAAGUGCAAACCUAAGUAUUUCAGGCCGUACAACAAGCACUGGAACGAAACGGACGUGUGCGAACCUUGCCAGUGUGACGUCUUUUAUUCGACGGGGAACUGUGCCGAGGGUUCGGGACGUUGCGAGUGUAGGAAAGAAUUCACGCCGCCGAACUGCGACAGGUGUAGUUUCGGCUACUACGAUUAUCCGAACUGCAAGCCGUGCGAGUGCUACCUCAAUGGUACCGAAAACCUGCAGUGCUCACUUAACGACGGGGAGUGUACUUGCUUACGGAACUUUGGCGGGAAAUACUGCAAGGAGUGCGCCCAGGGCUUCUUCAACUUUCCCGAGUGCACUCACUGUGGAUGCGAUCAGCAAGGCUCUGUCUCUCCAUCGUGCGACCACGAGAGCGGGAACUGUUCCUGUAAAAAUAACUACGCGGGAUCCAAAUGCAGCGAGUGUAGAAACGGGUAUUACUCUUACCCCGAAUGCACGUACUGCAACUGCGACACCAGCGGAACCGAAGAGGGGAUUUGCAACAAAGAAACGGGCCGGUGCAUCUGUAGAGAGGGUUACGGCGGCGAACGUUGUGACAUGUGCAUCAUGGGGUACUACGGCUACCCCGAUUGCAAGCCCUGCAACUGCAGCAAGGUCGGAUCUCACGGUUCCACCUGCAGCACUACCGGGAAGUGUUCCUGUCUGUCGAAUUACGCUGGGCGCACCUGCGAACAGUGUUAUCCCGGAUAUUAUAACUAUCCCGAGUGCAAGCCCUGUAAAUGCGAUCAUGGAGCGAUCGGUGUUUCUUGCGAUCAAGAGGGUAGAUGCGAAUGCCGUGAAAAUUACGCCGGGCAGCAUUGCGACGUGUGCAAAGAAGGAUACUAUAAUUUCCCAGCUUGCGAAGAUUGUAACUGCCAUCCGGCUGGUGUGGUGGCAGGGUUUGCCGGUUGCGGUUCGGUCCCCGCCGGCGAAUUGUGUCAAUGUAAGGACCGGGUGGAGGGGCGCAUCUGCAACAAGUGCAAGCCGCUCUACUGGAACCUCAACCGUAACAAUCCCGACGGCUGCGAGGAGUGCAACUGCAAUAAGACGGGCGUUUUAGGUGGCAUCGCGGUUUGCGACACCGACGACGGACAGUGCGUCUGUAAACCGUCGGUUAUCGCGAGGGGCUGCACGGAGUGCGCCGACGGCACCUACGACAUGAGGGAGGAUAACCUUUUCGGUUGUACAGAUUGCCGUUGUGACGUCGGGGGAUCGGUGAGUAACAUCUGCCACAAGACGACGGGUCAGUGUCCGUGCCAGUCCCGUGUGACGGGUCGCACGUGUAAAGAACCCCUACAGACCCAUUACUUUCCCACCCUGUACCAAUACCAGUACGAGGUGGAGGACGGUCGUACCCCAGAGAAUAGCAGCGUUAGGUACGCUCACAACGAACGGGUUUUCCCAAACUAUUCCUGGAAGGGGUAUGCUGUGUUCUCGUCGCUACAAAAGGAAGUCAUCCAGGUUAUCUACAUAUUCAAACCGUCGCUGUACAGAAUGGUACUGAGGUUUGUCAACGGUAAUCCUAAUAGCGUAAUUGGAGGGAUAAGGAUUACGCCGGAUAAUCCAAACGACAUCGAGCAGUACGUCAAGGUUCAGUUCAGAAACACGUCCGAGCCGUCUUUUGUUACCGUCUCGGGAGAGUCGGGAAACACACCGAAGCCGUUUGUGAUGAAUCCGGGUCGUUGGUUUGUCAGUAUAAACGUAAACGGCAGCGUUCUAAUCGAUUACUUCGUCCUCCUUCCCGAAGAUUUUUACUUAGCCACAGUUUUGAACCAAAAGGUAGAAAAGCCUUGCACGAUAGACAAAAAGGACCUUUGUCGACAUUACGCGUACCCGAACAUAACGAUUUUCGAUAAAUCGUGGGGUAUCGGCGGUUUCAUACGAUCCGGCAAGAAUAUCGAACAAACACAUGAAUUUUUCCAAGACGUAGAGCACUUAAACAAAAUCGGGGCAUUCAACAAGGUCCCUUUAUUAAACGCCGCCCAGCCGGACAUAUCGUUUAAUAUCAGUGUGCACAAGUCUGGACCUUACGUUAUCGUGAUCAACUACGCCACACCGUUAAACGAUUUACGCACCCACGACGUGAACGUGAUCGCCCAUCUGUGGAAUGGAACUGAACGCGGCAACUUGAAACUUUAUUCUUGCCCUUACACGGCGUUGUGCAGGCAGGCCGUUAUUAACGAGCGAGGAGGAGUGGCGGUAUAUCCGGUCAACGGGAGUUUUAUAGUCCUGGACCUGAAGAGCGACAACGUGAACGUGGGUGUCCACUCGAUUUACGCGGUUCCCUACGAAGAAUGGUCUCUGGACUACAUCGAGCCCAAACCCGUAUGCAUCCGUAAAGACGAGCAGUGCAUUCCGUUCUCUUUCCGCAACCCCCCGGAAUCUAAGAAGAUACAAUUCGAGCAAGACUUGGAAGGAGAACUUGGAAAGAACAGACCGCCGAUCAGGGGGAGUAACGAAACGUCUUACGUCUGGUUGAACCCGUCGGAAACUUUUGUGGACUUGAAGGGCAAAGUGACCCAUCCCGGUUACUAUACAUUCGUGUUGCACUAUUACCAGCCUCAAUUCCCGGAUUUCGACCUGAACGUUACCAUACAGAACGGGCAGUUUUACGAAUCCACCGUACCCGUCAGACAUUGCCCGUCCCAAUCGGGAUGCAGAUCGGUGGUCCUGCAGAACAACAGGAAUAACAAGUUCUCCCUCACCGAAAACUUUGUGGUUACGUUGAAACAACCGGAUAACAAGAACGUGUACCUGGAUUACCUCCUGGUAAUACCUGCGGAUCAGUAUACUGACAGAAUUCUCGAAGAAGAGGAGAUAGAUAGAACGGGCGAAUUUAUCUCGACGUGCGGUAACAACCACUUUAACAUCGACACUAGUCACGAGGGUUUCUGUCGUGACUCCGUAUUCUCCAUAACGGCCAACCACAACACGGGAGCACUCUUUUGUCAGUGCGACUUCUCCGGUUCCUACAGUUUCGAAUGUGAGAAGUUCGGGGGACAGUGCCCGUGUAAAGAUCACAUAAUAGGACGAAAGUGCGAGGCGUGCAAAACGGGAUAUUAUGGCUUCCCCGACUGCAAACCCUGCAACUGUCCGUCGACUGCCUACUGCGAACCGUCGACGGGUCAGUGUAUUUGCCCGCCGCACGUAGUCGGCGAGCGAUGCGAUCAAUGCGAGCCCUACACUUACGGUUACGACCCCCUUAUCGGCUGCGAGGAGUGCAAAUGUAAUUAUUUGGGUGUUAACGAGACGAGACAAUGCGACAUCCUUACCGGAGAAUGCCCGUGCAAGAAUAACAUCAUCGGUCGUCCCUGCGACCAAUGCAAACCGGGGCAUUUCUCGUUCCCGUACUGCCAGUCCUGCGAGUGCAACACCGUGGGAACCACGGCCGAGAUCUGCGAUCAGGUGUCCGCCGAAUGCUUCUGCAAGAAGAACGUAGUGGGGCCGAGAUGCGAAUACUGCCGAGAGGGUUCCUUUAACCUGAGGGACGACAACGAUGACGGGUGCACGGAAUGCUUCUGUUUCGGUAAAACGACCAGGUGUACGGAAUCGAACCUGCUUAAAAUCGCUCUGACGGAGAUGAGGGACUGGGAAGUCGUCGCCGUCCACGCUUCCGUACCCUUGAACGUAACAAACUUGAACCUUACCGUGGAAAGCGUAGACGAAAACGAAAACGUCAUCGGCGUGGACUUUUCCUAUUUUAACGUGUCGGAGAACGCGGCGUAUUUCUCGGCCCCUCAGGACUAUUUAGGGGAAAAAUUAACAUCGUACGGAGGUUUCUUGAACUACACGAUUUAUUACGUCAUCGGACCGCAGGCGUCCGCCGUCAACGGCCCGGACCUUAUCUUACAGGGAGCCGGAUUGUAUUUGACUAAUUACGGAUUCGAGCAGCCGCCGCCGGCGACGGAGUUUUACAGCACGCUGCAGUUGGUAGAGAGCAACUUCGAACUGCCCGCGGGGGGAGCCGCAAGAAGGGAACACAUUAUGGAGGUGCUUAGAGACCUGCGCGGUAUUUAUAUCAGGGCUACGUACUGGACUGCUAGCGUUACGACGAGGUUAAUUAACGUGGCCCUCGACGAAGCGUUCAGAGCCAAAGACGACUAUGAUGUAAGGAACGGUCCCCUGGCUGUUUCGGUGGAGCAGUGCCACUGCCCCCCGAACUAUCAGGGCUUGUCAUGCGAGGAGUGCGCUCCUGGUUAUUACAGGAUAUCGUCGGGACCGCACGGCGGCUACUGUGUUCCCUGCCAGUGCAAUGGACACGCGAGGGAAUGUGACGUCAACACCGGCAUCUGUUUCAACUGCACCGAUAACACUCGAGGUGACCACUGUGAGCUCUGUAACGUCGGCUACCACGGUAACGCUCUAGCGGGAACUCCGAACGACUGUUUGAUCUGCGCUUGUCCUCUGCCUAUUGCAAGCAACAACUUUGCGACGGCCUGUGAGGUCAGUGCAGAUGGGGAAAAGAUCAGUUGUGAUUGCGUAGACGGUUAUAUCGGGGCUAGAUGUCACUCUUGUACUCCCGGUUACUACGGUCGUCCUGAGGUCGUAGACGACUACUGCAAGCCUUGCCAGUGUUCCGGGAAUAUUAACCCCCAAGAUCCCAGUUCCUGCGAUACGGUCACGGGAGAUUGUUUACGAUGUUUGAAUAACACCUUCGGCGAAGCUUGCUCACUCUGCGCCCCAGGUUUUUAUGGUGACGCGGUGAACCUGAAGAAUUGUCAAGCCUGUAUAUGCGACGAGACGGGAACAGACCACUGCGAAAGUUUCUCAGGACGAUGCGUGUGCAAGCCCAACGUGAUCGGCGAGAAAUGCGACCGUUGCGAAGUGGAGCACUACGGAUUCCAGUCGGGCCGUGGCUGCGUACCUUGCGAGUGUGCCGAGGCUUCUGAGAGUGAUCAGUGCGACGACGUCACGGGGCAGUGUAAGUGCAAGCCUGGCGCUACCGGAAGAUCCUGCGAUAGGUGCGCUGGGGGGUACUGGAAUUACACUUCCGGCGGUUGCGUUUCUUGCGGAUGUAAGAGUGAAUAUUCGCUCGGGUUUGGAUGUAAUGCACUUACCGGACAGUGCGAAUGCCUGCAAGGCGUGAUUGGGGAGAAAUGCGACCAGUGUCCAAGGCGGUGGGCCUUCGUCCCCGACUUCGGUUGUCACCAGUGCGACAGUUGUCACCACGCCCUUCUAGAUGAUACCGAUAGUCUAGCUGUGUUGAUAGACCCGGUUAUAAUUGAUUUCAAUUCGAUCGGAUCGAGGUAUUUCACUUGGCAGAAAAUGGAGAACAUGAAAGUGCAGUUGGAGAGGCAGAAACCGAAGUUCAACGAAGUCGAUCCGAGGCAAAUCAAUUUGGACGACAUUAUCCAAGAACUGGAGAGCCUAGAGCAAGACUCGAAGAACUUAAACAGAAAGUCCAAUUACUCCCUUGAGAACAGCGAUUCUCUCCGGAAUCAAUCGACGAAAUUGAAAGACAAACUGGAGAUCUUACUUGAUGAGAUUAAUCAAGCAGACGACGACGCCCUUCGGACUAUAGACGAAAUCGACAGGAUCACGGGAGAAUUAAACGAGGAAGCCGGCAGCGAAAUAGACAAGGCGGUGCAAACUGGCGAAACCCUCCUGAAGUCUAUAAAAAGUUAUAACUUGACCGGACGCGAAGACGAGGCGGACAAGGAAUUGAAUAAGAUCAACGAGGUAUUAAAAAACGUCGUAGAUUACAAAUACCCGGUUGAGACCCUUCAGGGACAGGUGGACGUGAUAAAGGAAGCCCUGAAGGAUUUCAACGAGAAGUUGGACGACUUGUUUAACCACACCCAGUAUUCUUUGAAUAUGGCCAAGGAAGCGGAAAAUAUAGUAGCAAGAAUCGGAAAAGAUCGAUUGAAAAGCAAAUUAGAAAACAUAGAAAAUGAAAUAAUCGAAUCCGAGAGUAAUAUUAAAGAUUCUGAGAGAAUUCUUGCUAACGCAUCGGAUUUAAUCGACACGUCGUUUGGGAAGUUAAAAGAACUUCAAGAUGCCCCCGAUGUUCUAGAAUCAAACAAUAUCAACUUCAACAGCCAGUUAGAAAAUAACGAAGCUGAACUCGAAGAAGUUCAGAAAUUAAAACCCGACGUCCAAGACCAUGCCAACAGUUUGUCGGAUAGGGUUCAACAACUUGAACAUAUCUUAUCGGAAUCUCAAAUCGGUUCUGAGGAUGCGGUUAAAGCAGCGAGGGCUUACAGGGAUAUCGUAGCCGCUGUUAAUAGUGCUAGGGAUGCAGCUGAGGGCGCUGAGAAUGACACUAGUAACGCUCUAGAAAUUUUGAAUAAUGUCCAAGAUAGGACCCGCGAUGCAGACACAAAUUCCGCUAAGGCUCUCGAUGACGCUCACGAUUCCAAUCAAUCCACUUACCAAAAACUAGAACCGAAGUUGAAUUCGGCGAUUUCUAAGUACAGACCUGUUAAAACUUCACAUAAUAAGAAUGAGGAGCUGUUGAAGGAUAUCGAGAAGAUCUUGGACAAGAUUCAAAUACAGGACUUAGGAGAAGCCUAUAAAAAUGCAGCCGAUAACGCGGAACAAGCCUCGGGUACUGUUAUCACCAUAGAAGAUCUAGUUAAUAAUUCUUUCUCAGAGCUGCCGAAAGAAACUGAGCAAGCUCUGUUACUUCCCAAAGAAAUUGACAAUAUAAAUCGUAACUUUACCGUGACGGAGAAACAAAUAAACAGCAUGAACGAAAAAUUACCACCCGUCGUAGAGAGUUUGAACGAACUACCCAAAGUACAAGCACGUUACAAAAAUGUGUCUGAUGGCAUUCAGAUUAACAUCAAUAAACUGAACCAACAAAUCGAACUCGCCAGGGACAUCGCUAACAGAAUAAAAGUCGGCGUUAAGUUUUAUCCGAACACGACAUUGGAGUUGAGGAAUCCUAAAAAUCUGGAGGAUAUGACGACGUCAACGAAAUUCUCUGGAUACUUUAAAACCGAUAAGUUAAACGGACUUUUGUUGUAUGUCGGCAAUCCCGUGGGUACCAACUUGACGAAAACUAAAUCGGACGAUUACAUGUCUCUAAUAAUUGUAAACGGUUAUCCCAUAUUAAAACUGGACAUCGGCAACGGCCCCGAUCAAGUUGUUAAUAAAAAAUUUGUGUCCGACAAUAAUUGGUACCAGUUCAUCGUAGAAAGGGUCGGCAACAGUGCGAAACUGAUAAUACGCGAAGAACUCCCCGGUCAUAAAGAAAACGCAAUAGUCGCCGAGAAGUCCUUAUCGGGACCUUACACGAUCUUUAAUUUGGACAAAGAGAAGUCUAAGAUAUUCGUAGGGAGCUUCCCGCCACAGAACUACGAGAUGCAGAAAGGGAUCGACUUCAAUUCGUUCGAAGGCGAAGUGGAGGAUCUGGUUAUUGGCAACACGCCUGUAUCGUUGUGGAACUUCAACCACAGCUACGAAGCUCGUGGCGCUGUUGAAAGGGACGAGUUGGUGGUCCUCGCUCCCAGCACCGGGUAUAGAUUCAACGGGAACGGUUACGUCAUCUUAAAUGCAAGGUCCAUUCGAUUUAAGCAGAAGUCAUCCAUUCAGCUGAUGUUUAAAACUUUCGCUACUAAGGGCUUGUUGUUCCUCGCUGGUAAUAGAACCACGUUUAUUUCUCUUGAACUGAGAAACGGAAAAGUACUAUAUCAGUACAACUUGGGUGUUUCCACUAAAAAGUGGGUCACGACUAAGCAGUAUAACGAUGGGAAAUGGCACAAGAUCAGCGCCAGCAGAGAAGGAGCUAAAGGUAGGUUCGAAGUGGAUAAUGAAGACGUCAUAGACAGAACCAAUCCGAUUUCUGGCGCGUUGUUGGAACCGAUAGAAACGAUCUCGUUCGGCGGGUAUCCCCACAAGCACGAUUACGCCGACGUAACCCAGGAUAAAUUCGACGGGUGCAUCACUAACGUCACCAUUAUGGCGGAACCUAUCGACCUUCAUAGUAACAUCAGGGAGUUUGACGUCAUUCCCGGCUGUCCCGCCAAGUUUGCCUCGAUGGUGUCCUUUGCUAAGAACACGCAGGGGUACGUGGGCUGGGACCGUUUACCGAUCAACAACGAUUUCACCGUCAGCCUAAAAUUCAAGACUAGAGAGAAGGACGGGCUGAUAUUUUACGUGACCGAUGCCGAACAGGACAAUGGAAUAUCGCUGGCCUUGAGGAACGGGAAUUUGGUCGUGAUAAGUCAAGGAAUAGAGUUGGUGUCUAAGGAUACGUUCAACGACAGCGUCUGGCACGUCGUGUCCGUCAUCCACAACGACAAGACGUUGCGGAUGGACUUUGACGACUACGGAUUUGUCGACACUGAUACUCCGGCGUCUGCGUUGUACGUGUUGUAUGCUAGUAUGUACGUCGGGGGUCUUCCUAGGAGGGUUCAAGCGAAGGAGGGAGUUGUGGGAUCGGCGAAAACGCUUCACGGGUGUAUAGCAGACCUGACGGUGAACGGUAAAGUUAAGAACUUUGCCAACACCACCGACAGAUCGGCGGAAAUUCUAGAUAAAUGUGUGCUGGACAUUUCUAUCGCUACGGAACAUUCAGAUGUCGAGUUGAAACCCGACAGGCCGAUUCCUUCUUACGCUACUCAACGCCCCAAGGACCUCAUAGAAAAUCUAAACCCGUACGGUGCGAGCGUUGGAGGUGACGGCGGGUUAGAUUCUGUCAAUAUCGCUGCGCCUACGCCGCCAGAAGAAGCACUGGUCACCGAGAUUCCGACGACGGAGGCACCGACGCAGCCCUACAGAAAUGUGACGUUAACCACUAAGCCGCCACCUGUCAUCGACGGAUGCGCCCUCCCCUUAAAUCCGGUCCAAGAGAGCGAAAAAGUUAUCGGAUACAGGUUCGGUACCCAGAAAAUCAGCAGGCUAGAGUAUACUUCAACGAGGGGCAGAUACAAGAAGAGCUUCGAUUUCAGGCUUGAAUUUAAAACGGUGGAGAACGAGGGAAUCCUGUUCUACGUCUCCAAUCAAACUCACACCGAGUACGCCGCAGUAUACUUGACGGACGGAUACGUCGUCUUCAAAUUCAAAGCCAACAACACGUCGUUAUCGAUCAAAUCGAACUCGAUGUACAACGACGGCAACUGGCAUCGGGUCAAAUUUUCCCGAGAGGGGUCGGCCGGCAAACUAGUGGUGGACGAUACGGACGUCAACGACGGGAACAUGGUACAGAAAACUCCCGCCUUAGACAUUCGCGUGCCCUUCUUCAUCGGAGGGGUUCCUCCCGAGGACUACGACGAAGUCCUGUUAAAUUUGAAUAUCUCCAGGACGUUUUACGGUUGCAUCCGCAGCUUCGCGAUGAACGACAAACCGAUGGAGAAGGAGGUGCCGCACGGUGUGAUCCCGUGCUCGGACCACGUGGAGGUCGGGACGUACUUUGGCGGCGGCGACGGCACUUUCUUGAAACUCAGGGAGAGGUUCAAGGUGGGGCACAUGUUGAUCAUCAAAAUGGACAUCAAGCCGAGGGUGGAUUCGGGUGUUUUGGUUACGGCGCACGGGAAGAAGGAUUAUUACAUUCUGGAGUUGGUCGACGGUCAGUUGAGGCUGACCGUGGAGAACGGGAGGGGUCCGGUGACCGCCGUCUUCCAUUCCACGAACAAUCGAUAUCAUUUGUGUGACGGGCAGUGGCACAACAUUCAAGCCGUGAAGUCGAAGAACGUCGUCAGUCUUUCCGUUGACAACAUACAGACCGAACCCAAGGUCGGAGCUACAUACUUCACGUCCACGGACACGGGAAGCACCCUCUUCCUGGGCGGGCACCGUUACCUAAAGAGAGUGAGGGCGAUCACCACUAGAAGUCCGUACGUCGGAUGUAUUAAGAAUGUGGAGAUAAGUGGGCAGCCAGUGACCCUUUCGCCUACCAUGGCGGAGGGCAAUAUUACUAUCGGUUACUGUCCAACUAAUUGAGUGGAAUAAAGGAGAUUACGCAAC